UGCGGCGCGCGCGCGACCCCGCUAUUCCAGCGGCCGCCCCCCUCCUGGGGCCGCUGGGCCGCACUUGAGGCGACAGAUGGCGGCAGCCUCGCCGAAGAAGGCGGUCUUCUUCGACGCCGGGGCGAAGCGUGGCGAGAUCCAGGAGCUGAAGGACGAGCUGAGCAAUGCGAACAAGGAGAAGAAGAAGGAGGCGCUCAAGAAGGUCAUCCAGGCGAUGACCAACGGUCUGGACGUGUCCUCGCUGUUCCCGGACGUGGUCAACUGCAUGCAGACGAACAGCCUGGACCUGAAGAAGCUGGUCUACCUGUACGUCAUCAAUCCAGCGGCGCUGCCCACGGCGUCGGAUUAUGCCAAAGCGCAGCCGGACCUCGCCAUCCUCGCCAUCAACGGCUUCCGCAAGGACGCGAACGACCCGCACAACCCGCUGCUGCGCGCCCUGGCCGUGCGCACCAUGGGUUGCAUCCGCCUGGAGCAGAUGACGGAGUACUUGCUGGAGCCGCUGCGGAAGAGCUGCGCAGACGGGGACCCGUACGUCAGGAAGACGGCGACCCUCUGCGUCGCGAAGCUGUUCGACAUCAACCCUCAGCUGGUCGAGGAGCAGGGGUUCAUAGAGAUUCUCAGGGACAUGCUCGGGGACUCGAACCCGAUGGUCGUCGCGAACGCCGUGGCCUCGCUCUGCGAGAUCUCGGCGGUGUCGCGCAGGAACUACCUCCACCUGACCGAGGACUCGAUCCAGAAGCUCAUGCCAGCGCUCGCUGAGUGCUCUGAGUGGGGCCAGGUGUUCAUCCUGGACGCGCUGGCCAAGUUCGACCCUGCGAACUCGAAGGUCGCGGAGACCAUCCUCGAGCGCGGCGUCGUGGUGCGCCUGGCCCACUCCAACAGCGCCGUCGUGCUAUCGGCGAUCGGGGUGAUGAUGAAGUUCAUGGACAGGAUCAGCAGCCCCGAGCUGGUCAGGGCGUUCUGCAAGAAGAUGACGCCACCGCUGGUGACGCUUCUGUCUGCAGAGCCGGAGAUCCAGUACGUCGUGAUGCGGAACAUCAACUUGAUCGUCCAGAAGCAGCCGCAGAUAUUGCAGCAGGAGGUCCGGAUGUUCGUGUGCAAGUACAACGAUCCUUUGUACGUGAAGUUGGAGAAGAUCAAGGUCAUGGUCCAGCUUGCAAACGACAGGAAUGUCGACCAGGUGAUUUCCGAAUUUAGGGAGUAUGCAUCUGAGGUGGACAUCGAGUGCGUCAGACAUUCGGUCAGAGCCAUCGGCCAGUGUGCGAUCAAGCUCGACAAGGCUGCUGAGCGCUGCGUGGACUGUCUUCUAGACCUGAUCCGGACGAAGGUCAGUUACGUCGUGCAGGAGGCCAUUGUGGUCAUCAGGGAUAUCUUCCGAAAGUAUCCGGGCAAGUACGAACAGAUCAUCGUGGACUUGUGCGAGAACCUGGAGGGUCUGGACGAGCCCGAAGCGAAGGCCGCGAUGAUCUGGAUCAUCGGAGAGUACGCCGAGAGGAUCGACGGCGGCGACAAGUCCUCCUCCGCCGCAGACCUGCUGCAGUUCUUCCUGGAGAGCUUCCAUGAGGAGCCCAGCCUCGUGCAGCAGCAGCUCCUGACCGCCACGGUCAAGCUGUCCCUGAAGCUGGCGCACGACAGGACCGCGAUCGAGCUGGUCCAGCGGGUCCUGAAGCUGGCGACCCAGGAAAGCAACAACCCGGACCUGCGCGACAGGGCCUACAUGUAUUGGAGGAUGCUGUCGAAGAACCCCGAGUUGGCCAGGAGCGUGGUCCUCAGCGACAGGCCCACCAUUACGGAGGACUCGUUCGCGUGCCAGCCGCGCGUGCUGGAGCGGCUCGUGGCCAACAUCUGCACACUGGCGUCCGUGUAUCACGAGCUGCCCGAGAGCUUCCUCACCAACGACCGGGCCGUCCGCCUGCGGGACGACGACUCCGACGACGACCGCGAGGACAACAUCGCGCAGGUGCAGCGGGAGAUGCGCGCGGGGGGCACGAGGUACGAGGAGGAGUCCGGCGACGAGGGCUCCAGCAGCGGCUCCGACGAGGGCUCCAGCAGCGGCUCCGGCGAGGGCGGCGGCGCGGCGGGGGCCGGGCAGCCGCCGCCGCCGCCGCCUCUGCAGGCCAUGCAGACGGUGCUGAGCGAGACGACGGCCGGGCAGCAGGGCGUCAAGGGCCUCCACAUCGACGCCGUCGUCAUGCGGGGCAAGGCCGGCGCGGCGGGCGUGUCCCUCCUCGUGCGGAACACGUCGCCGCACACCCUGAGCGGCUGGGCCGUGAGGAUAAAGGAGAAUCCGUUCGGCAUCUCGCCUGCUGGUCCUCUCCAGCUGGGGGACGUGCACCCAGGCGGCACCUCGCAGACGCUGCUGCAGGUGCAAGCCAACCCUUCUGCAGUCUCGGGAUCGGCGCCUACUUUGCCGCUCUACCUCGAGGUUGCAGUCAAGUCCAACGUCGACGUGUUCUACAUGAACAUCCCGUACGACCUCUCGGCUGUGCUGGCGGAGGGUGUUGUCGUUCCGAAGGACAUCUUCCAAAAGACGUGGACGACGAUACCCGCCGAGCAGAAGGCGAGAGUGCGCGGCCAGUUCGGUGCGAGGGUUACCCCGGACAUGAUCAGCGGGAGAAUGCGGCAGUAUUACGUCAAUAUGGUGGCGCGCAUGCCCGGCCAGGACGGGGAGAUCAUGUAUUUCUCAGCUCAGACCGUGAACAAGAUGACGAUAUACUGCGAAUUGUUAGUGCAGGCGUCGGGGCCCGGAGUGCAGCUCACCAGCUGUUCCACCGCUCCGCCACUGGUGCCGCUCUUCCAGAGCUUUAUCUCGGAGCUUCUUCGCGUAAGGUGGGCGUGA